CCUCCAUCUUUUCCCCCCGUCAAUUCUCGUCUCGAUAUUGCUUCUUCGAGACAGACGAACCCCGCCACUACGGCUCCACUUCUGCAGACCUCGCGGAUCUCGACACAGCGUUCGACACUACUCUGGAAAUGGGAAAGCUUCGCUCGAAAGCAGGAUGCCUAACUUGCCGGCAGAGGCAUGUCAAAUGCGAUCAAGUCAAGCCGAUCUGUUCACAGUGCCAGAAAAAGAACCGGCCUUGUAUUCGAGAAGAUCCAUCCAAGAGCAUCAGGAUCAAGCCUUAUCAACCACGAAAGGCCGGGGGAGACCCCAAGGAUGCUCUUAGCCAUGACUCGGAUGAAAUAUAUCACCCCGCGGAGCACCGAGCCGCGGACACAGUGAUUGCGAAUCCAACCAGCCCUGAACAUAUACCUAAUCCAAGUUAUGCAGCAUUCGGUACCAAUGGCUCGGUGACAUCGCCAUACCUCCCACAAGGGUCUACUAACCUCCCAAAGCUCACCAAUGAUUCCGUUCCCGCCCCUCUGAUGGCCUCUCCAGUCAACAAUACCACUAACUCACCAUACUUCAGCGUGGUCGGACUCCCGAUCUCCCACCUGCUUCGACCGGACUCUUUAAGUCCAUGGUCUGCGGCUUCGCCCGCAGGUGCGAUACAUGCAGGGUCUCCGCUGACCUACAGAGAAGCUUAUCUUGUGCAUCACUUUGCGACGCACCUUGGGUAUUGGCUCGACUGCACCGACGCUUCUCGCCAGUUUACCCGGAAAAUCCCCACCCUGGUUAAGCAAUCACCGAUCCUGCUGCAUGCCGUUCUUUCCUAUGCGGCCCGGCACGUCGGGGAUGCCGAAAUGGCCGAGCAAGCCCAUGAGCGUUGCGUAGAAUUAUUGAUCCCUUCCUUGAGCUCGGAAACCGUGACCGACGAUGAUAUUCUCCUGUGUGCAAUUGUCAUCCUGCGGGUGUUUGAACAACUGAAUGUCAUGGUAACUGGAAGCGAUCAGGAGCGUCAUUUAGCCGGCUGCUCGGCUCUGCUCCGGGCGUCGCAAGGACGGGAGGUGGAUCCCUCGACCCCGGGAUUGCGGCAGGCAGCUUUCUGGGUGUACAUGCGACAGUGCCUCUACAACGCAUGUGUACAUCAACAGGCUCCUAAUGUGGACUUGAACUUGGUUCUCAUCCCUCCCCCGGCUGGAGGGGACCCUCUGAGCGAUCUGAGGUCCGAAACAGCCUGGGCCAACACUAUGACGUGGAUCUGUGCCACGGUGGUACACUUCUGCUUUGGAUCGAGCUAUCCUGAGCCCUCCUCCAGAAUACGCCGAUGGCAAGAGCUAUCUGAGGCCGUGGAGAGUUGGUUAAUCACCCGACCGGAUACAUUCGACCCAAUCUGGUAUAGCGAAGCUGUGAAAGAGAGUGGCAACCCAUUCCCAGAGAUAUGGUUCACGGCGGACUGGCAUAUUAUGGCAUUCGGAUUUUAUCAUCUCGCCCGUAUGCUCUUGGCCAUCUACAAGCCAUCGCCUAAAUUUGCAGUCCGGGGACUACAUAGUCCAGCUCGUGAGUCUGAUGUCCGAGUCAUGAUGCACGCUCGUGCAAUCUGUGGGGCAUGCAACAGUUCCCCUUCGACUGUGCCAUCGUUGAUCACGCUCUGUCAUUCCACCUUUAUUUGUAAGACAUGUCCAGGGUUCGUGUGGGAUGUCGUUACUGACAUGGACAGGGGGUCCUUUGAUGACAGAUUCGGCAGAAAGGGCUGGAGUAAUUAG